AUGCAGUUUUUAGCAAUUACCAAACAAACACAUUAUGUUGUAAUGAAUAUGCCUUUUUUUUUUUACAGUCGACUUUCACUUUAUCAUUUUUUGUUUCUAUGGGGAACACUAACAAUGAGACACUCGGGAAGUUCAGGUGCUGUGUACUUUCAUCAGCUGGUGGAUUUCUUAUGCAAAUCAUGUCAAAUGGAGCUCCAGGAAAAAGUCCCGGUGCCGAUAUUUACAGAAGUAGACAAGGACGUUUUUCUGCGAGACAUUUAUCCCGAGCGCAGACCAGCCGUGCUGAGAGGCACGUGUCUCGGGCCAUGCCUGGAAAAGUGGACAGCUGAAUAUCUUGGGCAGAAAGGGGGAGACAGGGAAGUGAAGAUUCACGUAUCGGCUGUGCCACAGAUGGACUUCCUUCACAAAAACUUUGUGUACAGGACUCUGACAUUCAGUGAAUUCGUGAAACGGGCAUCUGAAAAAACCCACUCUGACUUCUUCCUGUGUGAGGAUGAGAGCUAUUAUCUUCGAUCGCUGGGAGAGGACGUUCGAAAGGUUUAUUUUUGUACCUGUCAGAUUCCGCUGCCACUAAGAAACAGAGAACCUGCUGAUCUGAGCAAACAGUUCCCAGACUUGGCAGAGGAUUUUCACAUCCCACAGUUCUUUGCACCUGAUCAGUUUUUCUCCAGUGUCUUCCGCAUCAGCUCCUGCGGCCUGCAGCUGUGGACACACUAUGAUGUGAUGGAUAACCUGCUGGCUCAGGUGACGGGGAUGAAGAGAGUGGUUCUCUACAGCCCCCAGGAUGCAUUGCACCUCUACUUGUCAGGUGAUAAAUCGGAGGUCCUGGACAUCGACUCCCCAGACUUCAAACGGUUUCCUGAGUUUGUGAAGGCAAAGAGAUACGAGUGUGUGCUGAAGCCUGGAGAUCUCCUUUUUAUCCCUGCCCUGUGGUUCCAUAACACCCUGGCGCUGCAGUUUGGUGUGGGUGUUAAUGUGUUCUGGCGCCAUCUACCUGCUGACAGCUACGACAAAAAGGACCCGUACGGUAAUAAAGACCCCGUGGCAGCGACUCGGGCCCUUCAGGCGCUGGAGAGGGCUUUACACGCUCUGGAUGAACUCCCAGCAGAUUAUCGGGACUUUUAUGGACGCCGUAUGAUACAGCGCAUCCAAAAGCGGACGUACUGUGACAAUCUGUCGAGCACAACUACACAGGAGGACUCUGACACUACGUUACCCAGCAGUCAGUUCACCAAACCUGGAUGAGUAUCCAGAGAAAUGUGGAGUAACCAAUAAAAUACCUGUGUUGCAUUUA